CGCUCAGCACACGCAGGAGCGUCUAUGGAGCAGUGAGAGCAGGCGGGAGACGAACCAACUGAACCUGGCUCGGACUGUAACAGGAGACACGGGGUGAGAGAGGGUAACCUGCCUAUGUCGUCGUUGUGGUGUGUCUGAGCGCGGUUCCUGGGGUAAAGAACUACCGCAGCCUGUCCAUCAUACAACCCCUCCUUUCGAGACAGCACUCUAGUAGUGACCACUUGAGUCUGUGCUCUCUCUGUAGGCGUGCUUCUCCGAUUAUCCCGUCCAUCCAUGCUCCAUUCGAGCCUUUAAGGAGGACGCGCACAUACUCAGGGAGGGGAGGGAAGCCCAUUGGUCUCCCUACCGACGCCAGCGCCAGGCUGAGUCACUAUCGAGGAGUGGGAAGAUCUAGAGAGAGAGAGGGAGACAGCAUCACGGAGAGCACAAGAGAGAAAAGCAACGGAAGGAGGGGAAAACCGCUACACAACGCCUUUGAGAGCGAAGCGAGAGAGGCAGCCAGCGAGAACGACGUAAAAAGAGAGACAGAGCGCAGCAGUGAGGGAGGGAGAGAGACGCUGAGGCUGGGAGAGCUGACCCCCCCUCCCCUCUCCUCUCCUGUCCUCUCCUCUCCUCCUUCCCCCCCCUCCUCACUCCUUCAGGAGCUGGUGUGUAGGAGCGGCGAGUACAGUGUGAUUGAGGCAACAUGAGCGAUGUCACCAUCGUUAAGGAAGGCUGGGUCCAGAAGAGAGGUCAGCCCUUUGCCAAGGGUUCGUGCUCCGCUUGUGGUAAUGUCUGUGUCCUGAAAGAAGAGGAAUCCCUCAUUACCUUGUGAAUAUAUUAAGAAUUGGAGACCUCGCUACUUCCUGCUAAAAACCGAUGGGUCCUUUAUUGGAUACAAGGAGAAGCCACAGGAUGCCGAUCUUCCCUACCCUCUCAAUAACUUCUCUGUUGCAAAAUGCCAGCUGAUGAAAACAGAACGACCAAAGCCGAACACUUUUAUUAUUAGAUGUCUACAAUGGACUACAGUCAUAGAGAGGACCUUCCAUGUGGACACGCCAGAGGAGAGGGAUGAGUGGGCAGAGGCGAUCCAGAUGGUGGCAGAUAAACUCCAAAGACAGGAAGAGGAACGUAUCCAGUGUAGUCCCACCUCACAGAUAGACAACAUGGGAGAGGAGGAGAUGGACACGUCUAUCAGCCACCAUAAACGCAAGACAAUGAAUGACUUUGACUACUUAAAAUUAUUGGGAAAAGGCACUUUUGGAAAAGUCAUUCUCGUAAGGGAGAAGGCCAGCGGGAAAUAUUAUGCAAUGAAAAUUUUAAAGAAAGAGGUUAUUAUAGCAAAGGAUGAAGUGGCCCACACGCUCACAGAAAGCAGAGUACUAAAAAACACGAGACAUCCUUUUUUAACCUCUUUGAAGUACUCGUUCCAAACAAAAGACCGCCUAUGCUUCGUGAUGGAGUAUGUCAAUGGAGGAGAGCUGUUUUUCCAUUUGUCGAGAGAACGGGUGUUCUCCGAGGACCGCACGCGCUUCUACGGCGCCGAGAUCGUUUCCGCCCUCGACUACCUGCACUCUGCCAAGAUUGUGUACCGGGAUCUCAAGCUGGAGAACUUAAUGCUUGAUAAAGAUGGUCACAUCAAAAUUACAGACUUUGGCCUCUGCAAGGAAGGAAUCACCGAUGCUGCUACCAUGAAGACCUUCUGUGGGACGCCAGAGUAUCUGGCACCAGAGGUGCUGGAGGACAAUGAUUACGGCCGUGCGGUGGACUGGUGGGGUCUUGGUGUGGUCAUGUAUGAGAUGAUGUGUGGCCGACUGCCUUUCUACAAUCAGGACCACGAGAAGCUCUUUGAGCUCAUUCUAAUGGAGGACAUCAAGUUCCCCAGGACGCUUUCUGCUGAUGCCAAGUCUCUUCUGUCAGGUCUGCUCAUCAAAGAUCCCAAUAAGAGACUUGGUGGAGGUCCGGAUGAUGCUAAGGAAAUUAUGCGACAUAGUUUCUUUGCUGGAAUUGACUGGCAGGAUGUCUAUGAUAAAAAGCUGAUACCUCCCUUCAAGCCUCAGGUGUCGUCAGAGACAGAUACCAGAUAUUUCGAUGAAGAGUUCACAGCUCAGACGAUUACAAUAACCCCUCCUGAAAAAUUUGAUGAAGAUGGGAUGGAUUGCAUGGACAACGAGCGACGGCCACACUUCCCCCAGUUCUCCUACUCUGCCAGCGGGAGAGAGUGAGCGCCACGCAGCCGACACUGCCUCAUCCUCAUCAAGGUCACCACUGGAACAAAUUAAGUCUUCAGCUUCUAACAGCCCCGGCCCUAUUGACCCUCCAUCGUCCAUCUUGGUUCUGUCAUUUGUUUAGCUAGACCAAGGGAAACUUCUGAUUUAGGGAGUUGGGAAUUUGCACGUGGGGUCGGACCAAGGUCCAGCCCGCUCAAACGUCCUCACAGCUCCAGCCCAAAGGUUGGGUCGAGAUGGGAGAACUUUUGCUGGUUGUUAAGAGUUUUGUAUUUAUUGUGUUUCUCUUUUUGGUUUAAGAUGUUGCUCCACAUUCCUUAUUCAAUGGGAACUGAUAUCAAGACACAUCCAUUCAGUUCAGAUGAAAACAUAUAACUGCAUGGCUAGAGAUUCACAUGGGUUUUUACGAUUCCAAUCUCUCGGGUACAUGUAGUAUAACUACACACAAUCGCUCCAGUCUCAGCUUUUUAAGGCUCACCUUCUGUUAUAUAAACUUAAAACUGCCAUAAACGGUUUACUCAGGCUUCACAGAGGACAUCUGUGUUCAACUCAGUCAUCAGGACUAGCUUUACCCCUCAUCAUUCCACAACACAGUAUUCCUUCAUAUGAAGCCCUGUGAACCUGAGCUAUGCAGUGCUAAACCAUCACUAAAAUUACCCGUUAGAAAUGGUUACUCAGAUUAAUUCCACCAUAAAUGUAUUCAUGGAAGGCUUUAUUUCUUGCAUAUCACUCCCUAAGAAAAAUUGUCUCAGUGUUUUAUAGAAAAGAUGGCACGUUUGACUGAUGUGGAAUGUUUUAUGCAGUGAUAAAUGGCUGUGAUGUAGUUUCAUAUGAUGAUCAGAAUGAAUUCCCUCAGACUUUUUGUGAGAAACCCUUUCCACUCAAUGCUCAAUAGUGCAAUCACAGUAUAACAAAAAACAAAAACAGCAUUAAUAGAAAAAAAUGUCAGGAAGCACUAUUUUAUUUGUUUUAUAAUAAGAAAAAAAAGUGAUUUAAAAAAAAUAUAUAUUUAAGCAAAUUUAAUUUAUUCUUUUCUGUUUGUUUGUUUGUCCUCUCGUUUAUUAAGAGUGCUUUCGAAGUCUCCUUUUUUGAAUAAAACAAAUGCACCUAAAAAGGCUUACGAAUGUAGAUGGGUCAAUGCAAAGGCCUUAGUUUGUUUUCUAUUUUGUUUUCUCUUAACUGUUUUUUUUUUCUUUCUUCACAUCAGUGUAGUGUUGUUCUCUAAAGAGUUUCAUUUUCCUCCUCAACAUUGUGAGCAGUCUGAGUGAUGUUGAAAUGUGUCGCUUGUCUUUCCACCAAUGAAAGGGCUGUAAAAGACCAUACUGAUUCAUUGAGCUGUCCUCUGGCAGUAGGUUACUGUAUGUGAAAGUCUGUAACAGAGAAGGACACAUGCUCCAUUAUGCUUAGCGUUAGCUUUUAACGAGCAUUUAAACACAACACUGCACAUACUCGUUGUUCCUUCAAGGCAGGAGUGUGAAAAUUAAGGAAUCAUUUUGUUUAAUUGUAGGUAUGGAUAAGUUAAAUGCUAUUUUGAGCGUUAACGUGCUUCGCUACAUCUAAUAUCAUGUUCACAUUCCUUUCUAAAAUAUUAUAGUACACAAAUCAAAUCCUUCCAUCGUACGCCAAUCAGAUAUUAGCUUAAAAAUUCUUCAGUGAACAUUAAGCAUUUAUAGGGCUUUUCACGCUGCACUUAACCACGGGUUAUCGACGUUUUAAACACCGGAGUAAUGAAACCCUGCUCUGGAGCAGAGUUAGCACCGCUUUUGUGGCGUUAACCCCGCAUUGCGGUGCCAAACUUGUACAGUGUGAAACGCUGCAGUGUUAGAAUGUUACAACUAGAUGCUUAGCAACCGACAACCAAUCGCGUGCCUUAUGUUCACGCGCUUUGGGCAGACACUGAAACACCGCGCGAUGUAUAAUAAACAGUCGUUUCUGCGUAUGAUCUGAAAAAUGUCAAACGGCGAUGGAAAACGCAACAAUUGGAGUGAAGCAGAGACCGUUUCAUUCUUACCUUUAUAGUUCGAAAAGUUGACUCAGAAAAACUUGAUAUUACAGUCAGCAAUGUGUAAUAUGAGGACGCGCAAUGCUAGAGCCUUUAUGUAAAAACAGGUCACGUGCUGCGUUUGUCCAGUCAGUAACACUGACACCGCGAAUAUUCAGACAAGGACUUUAACCCGAGGUUUAGGAAUGUGCAGUGUGAAACGGCAGCUUAUAAAUACCCAGGAUUAACUGUUAACCCCGGGUGUAUUAUGAGCAGUGUGAAACGUGAAUAAAGAUAACCCAGGAUUCCGUUUACCCGGGGUUUAGAAUGACCAGGGUUAACUAUUUAGUGUGAAAAGCCCUUAUGAGUUAAAAAUGUUUCUGGUUGCAGACUGAGGAUUUACUUGAAUGAAGCUUGAUAAGAGGAUAGUCGAGGGAACUAGGAUAGUGAUGAAUGAGUUCAGAUGGACAGUGUUCUUUAAAUGAGGUCAAAGGGAAACACAGAGUAAUAAUUUGAUAUAUGCAGUACAUAUCUUUAUAGUGUUCGGCAAUAAAAACAGUAUGUGGUGUUUAUUUUCUGAGUGUAAAGAUGGCUUAUGUGCAUGUUGCUGUUGUGUUUAAUGUGUCCUUUUAAUUUGGGCAGGAAUGGCAAAAACUUAAAUUUAUAUUUGCCUUGAAAUGUGGCCCAGUGCAGCCCCUGUAUGAGGUUGUGAUGAGAAUUUUCGUAUUGAGGUGGGACAUUAAUAAAGAGGGAAGUGAUAUACGAGGAAGGACUGUCGCUAAAAUGAUAAGAAUGAUGUUAAAGGAUUAGUUCACUUUUAAAUGAAAAUUACCCCAAGCUUUACUCACCCUCAAGCCAUCCUAGGUGUAUAUGAAUUUCUUCUUUCUGAUGAACACAAUCGGAGAUAUAUUAAUAAAUAUCUUGACGCAUCCGAGCUUUAUAAUGGCAGUGAGCGAGGACCAACGAGUAUGAAGCUGAAGAAACUGCAUCCAUCAUAAACGUACUUCACAUGGCUCUGGGGGGUUAAUAAAGGCAUUCUGAAGCGAAGCGAUGCAUUUGUGUAAAAAAAAAAAAAGAUCCAUAUUUAACAAGUUAUGAAGUAAAAUAUCUAGCUUCCGCCAGACUGCCUUCCGUUUUCAAGUUACGGAAAAAACGGAACUGGUGUCGCGUUAGUUAAGCUUUUUCCAUAAGUUGAAUAGGGAAGGCGUAGCACGUAGCGUAGCUUUUUGAACCGCGACACCACUUCCGUUUUUUUCUGUAACUUGAAAACGGAAGGCAGUCUGGCGGAAGCUAGAUAUUUUACUACAUAAUUGCUCAUACUCGUUGGUAUCGUUCACUGCCAUUAUAAAGCUCGGAUGCAUCAGGAUAUUUAUUAAUAUAUCUCCAAAUUUUGUUCAUCAGAAAGUCAUAUACACGUAGGAUGGCUUGAGGGUGAGUAAAUCUUGGGGUCAUUUUCAUUUGAAAGUGAACUAAUCCUUUAGAGGUAUGUAUAUGAAAAGUGAAGUAGAAAAAGGUUUGAUAGAGUGAGGCGUCUGAACUGGAGUUUCUUGUAUGUGUGUUAAGGUCUGAUGUGGAUUUGAUGACGAGUGGUUAAGAACGAUUCAGAAAGUUUCUGUCCACACCCCUCACGGCGAAUAGAGCUUUCCGCCAAAAUGCCUGCAUUGAUUGUGAGCAAUGUUCAUUUUCCAGUGGUGUAAUGUGAGAUGCUGUAGCAUGGUACUGUUGCUCUAUUGCCAGAUUUUUUUCAUUUAAAACUGUGAUGUCCAACCCAAUAAUGUUUUCUGAUAGCACAGCUAUGGUACUGCAGGAAGAUUCGCUGUUUGUGUCAUUCUGUCUUCCAACUUAAACGUUUUCCUUUAGAUCAUUCCUUGCCUUUUCCCCAGUUCCUUUUUCUUAUUUUAUUUAUUUAUUGUUUGAGAGAGAGAGAAAGAGAAAGAAAAAGCGGUUAAUGCCACUACCUGAUAUAAUUUAGGCUUGUACUGCUGACUGUUUAGUUUUUUGGUGUUCAAUUCUGUUUGUUUGCUUGUUUUAUUACUUUUUUAAUUUAUCACAGAAUAACUUUUUGUGUCUUGUUUUACAUUUUCUGGUUAGGUAACAUUUACAAUUUUAAAUUUAUAUUGAAUAGGGAGAUGAAAGCACUCAUUUUGCAUUUUUUAUUUGCUCUUUUAUUUUUGCUUUUUAACUUUAGAUAAACUGAUUUGUGAUUGUACGACUCUUAUUUAAUCAUACUGUGACGCUGUUCAUCCAUUUCAUUAUCUUUAAUAUGCACUUGUGAGGGACCAAAGUGUUUUCCUCAAGACAUGGAGAGGCAGAGUAUGCUGAUGUUCAUUGGGGCGGUACCUUGCAUGUGAAAUACAUUCAUUGGUAAUACUUCAUUUAAACAGCAGAAGGGCCUUUGGCUUUGGCCAAAUCAAUCACACACUUUUGUAACUCCAUAUUUUAACACUCGGCUUUGUAUCUGCCUGUAGUAGCACUUUCAUACCCAUUGCUCUUUUUAUAAAGCUCAGCAUAAGAAAAUAAGGUCCCUGCUUUGGAAUACAGGAAAAUAAACAAAAGGAAAAAAAGAAGAAAAUACUUGAAAGCACAGAUUCGCCCUCAUAGACCUCAUGCUCAUAGAUUUUACUUUUCUGAGUGAUUGCGCUCUGUAAUAUGUAACAGCGUGGAUGCAGAUAGACAUGAAAUGCUGCCAGGAGACACAACCUUUGCCUGGUGACACAGACAGACUAAUGUUUCCCAAGGUUUCCUAAUGCUCUAGUGUUGUAGAAAAGCUGAGCUGUUCCGGUGUCACCACUUCAAGAGUUUCAGAGGACAAUAAACCCAACCCAACCUAAAGUCAUUAUUCCCUGAAUACUGAACUAGUGUGAGGAAGGGACCCAUGGAGACAUGGGCGGCACGGGCUCCAUCCCUCCUAAGCGCACCUCAGUGUGCCACUGCUGCUACUGUUUGUACUGUCUACAACAGAUUUUCUCUAUAUCGCGCUCCUGGUAGUGUAUUAUGAAUGAGCAUGAAUUGUAAAGUAUUUAUUUAAAAAUAAAAGACAAAUCUUAAAAAAACGACAACAACAAAAAAACAAAAACAUUUUAUGUCCAUGUAGCUUUAGAGUUUGUGACAUUUCUUGACCUUGCUAGCUCUGUCAUUAGAUCCAUGUUAAGAACUAGUCAUGUGGUUAAGAAUUUUACAUGGAAGGGAUUAACAGAAAAAUAUUUAAAAAAAAUAAAAAUAAAGAACUGUAUAACCAUCCAUCAUAUUUAAAAAAAAAAAAAAAAAAAAGUUUAUUUCCUUAAAUACAGUAUAGGGCCCACACGGAUGCGGGAAGCUUAUCUGCAAGAAACUGUUUUUGUACACUGUACAUCCUAGUAUUUUUACACGUAAAUGUAUAUGAUAGGGAUGCACAUUAUUUUCCUUCUUACAGACUGCUUAAAUAAAGCACUGUCAAUCUGC